CUACCAGCCGUGUAGGAGAGGUGGUGGUGAGGGGGCGGACUAUGGAGCGGGGACACCAAGCCCAAGAACAGCGCAACGAUGCCCAACCGCCGGCUGACAGCUUCGGAGUCUGAUGUUGAAUGCCGGAUUGACGACACAGUCGCCGGAGGAGCGGCCGGGUGGGUAUCCAUGGAGCGGCCGUCAUGCGUCGGUCAGCUGCCAUCGACCGCUUCUCUGAUUUUCAGCGUUAUUUUCGCAGCAUUACGCAGCCUGUAUUUCAGUAUUUCACGUUAUGGCGCAACGAAAAGGAGUGAAAGGUACGUACAGCAGCCGUGGCUUUUCUCGGAGCAGGGGUUGCUGUAUGAACGACAGGGAGUCCCUGGGCGUGAUGCUGUGUUUCAUUAUUUCGUGGUGGUCAUCGAGAACCUGGCAACCUUGAGUUACUGCCAAGCCGUGGCUGCGUCACCGCAACUUUCUGCUGCUUUUCCGGUCGCAGUACCUCCCUCGUGGCCUGAGAGACUUGACUCAUGGAUCCCCACACAGCCAAAUUACGUGAGCGUCUGAGGGCCUCGCAGGUACCUCCGGACCCGAACAGGGUACUCGUUACCCAUCUGCCCAGCAUGCCAGGGGAUGGCCAGGACUCACUGCCCACAGCCCUGUCCGUGAAGCUGUUCUUGCGCAUCCUGGCUUGCGAGCAAUCUUGAGAUUAUCAGUUCGCAGCUUGCUACAUAAGGGAGCCUCUGCCCUCCUCCCACCCCCCAACCAAGCCCACCAUCUCGAACCAUCAUCAGCCAACACAAUCUGAUCAGUUCAUUAUCAGAAUAUUGAAGCAUCACAAGCUCUCUUGUCAACGAUAUAUCUACCAGCCACUCCCACCACCAGCAACCACCACCUCACUCACCCACUCAACAACCCCUCAACACCCAUACAAUGGCCGCCCACAACGAACAGACUUACACCAUGGAUUCUCAGAGACCAUCUCAGCUUCCCCCCUGCCCCGGCCCUCCCCCGAGUCGCCCUCUGCCUCCUCUCCCCAAGAGGGGCUAAAGGGUUGAUAGUCGAUCAACUUCAACUACCAACCACCACUCGAAUAUCAACGGUUCACAGCACAUUGUUACCGCUUUCACCAUGGGUCUAAAGGCCUGGUCGACAUCCGCUUUGAAGAUUUCGACAGGCCGAACGCAAUCAUGUCAAGGGCAUGCGAGGCUGCAAAAACGGAGCCAGCUUUCCUGUCUCCGCAUUGGUUUCCGACAACAACGAAUUCCACGCCUGUGAGCUGCACGCCAUCAUGCUUCGUGCAUGAUGCACCACAGCCAUUCUCGACAUAGCCAUUUCACCCGUCUCAACCCAAAGGCUCUCGCCCUGAUUGGCCUACCAGCAUUUUUCUCCCACGUCAACACUCAGCAUGCUGUGUACCAUUGCCGACCUUUUUCUGGCACCACCACCACCACCACCACCUUCAGUUCAGUUGCACACCACGACAGGAACUGUCUUGCCAUCCUUCCACCCGAGAGCCGGCUCAUUGGGAGACAUCCACACCUCUUCCAACUUUCACACUUUCGCUUUAUUCUAAUUAUCUUCGGCUUUUCGGCAUCUGACGGACCACCACUCCGGGACGGAUUUCAACAAUUUAUCAUCACAUUGUAAUACCACCAACCACCACAGUAUCGACUUUAAUCAACGGGUCUUCGUUUUUUCCUACUGCCCACACUACCGCGACACGACAUGCAAGAUUUCCAAUGUUACGAAUGAAUUUUUAUCGCACAACAAACUUUGGGGAUUAUUAGAAGGAUUGUUCUACACCACUGUACCACCACCGUCACUAUGAAUCAAGGGAGCAUUUUGGGAAACGGCGCACAUGAGUUUUUAUCAAUUGGUCGCCGAUACCCCACAAUGGAAUUGGAGGAAAGGGAAUGAGAAGGAGAGAGCAAUUUACGAUGAUGAGAUUUGCAUCGAGCUGUUUUUUUUGGUUUUUUUUGGGAGGAGCUUUAGUUUUCUGGUUUCGCUAUUCUCAUGUUCAUGAAUGAGAGCGACAUAAACAAUGCAAGAAACUAUCCAUUUACCAACCCCCAAUAUUUUGAACAACAGAUCCUAUAUCAUGCAUUUGUGCCCAAUGUGUCUCCGUUCUUCAUGAAUCGCCAACAUGAUCACAGGGACCGAAGCGCAAGAAAACCACCACCAGCAUCCGUCCACCCACCUCAUCCACAGACACAUGCAAGAAGAACAAAAAGCGGAAAUCCGCAAGAAGAGAGUUUCAACACCAUGAUCCACCCCCGAUAUUCAUCGGCCCACGGGGCAUUCAAUGCAUUUCUCAAUCAAAACCUCAUCUUGGCUCUCUGCAACUUGGCGGCCUGAACAUUGCGUGGGGGUCUCAGUUGAAGAGUGGUAAUUGCUACGUCUUGGUUCGUCGUUCAAUCCACCACCGACCCCCUUCCCCUUCCCCUUCCGACUUCACUGAGUUUAUCCAGUUUGAGAACUUGUCGAAUUGAAGUCUCUCUCUCUGCCUCUCAAAUACACAGUGGAGUCAUGUAUGAUUCUGGUGGUCCCACCUCCCCCUCUGUCACUGCAACAUCGGCUUGCAUCAUUCUCAACUUAUUAUGGCGCGCAUUUGGCGGCAAACACAUCCCCCCUCAAAAAAAAAAAAUUGAUCACAUGCAACAACACUUUAUUCUUUUUGGGGCAUGUUUUUGUUUUUUGUCAAGGUGGAACCUACCUACCUAGCCAAAAAACUUCAGGUUCGCGUGCCUGGAGUUAACUCAACUGUAUUAUGGUACCGCGAGGGGGUAUUGUUCAAGUACAUAUCCCUUCCCCCAAACACACACGACUGGCACGCGACAAAAUGUUACGAGCCAAGGGCGCAAAAGCAAGUACGGAAAACGAAAAGAGAGAGCAUGAUACCCAACCCACAAAAGCCGCCGGUACUUCGCGCUUGGACGACGAACGCGAUCUCGCAAGGUCGGGCUGUUUUCGUACAAGUGGAAGGGGUAGGGUAUCAUCAGGACAGUAGGGGCGAUCAAGUUUAAACGGCCCUUGAUCUGUGUUUUGGACCUCAAUGGCAUUGCCAAUAGCUCCGGGACUUUUGCAUGGGAUUGAAAGGGCUUGAAUGACAUGACAUCAAAGAGGAGCUUUUCUUCCUUGAGGGCGGAUACUAGUUAUCGUAUUAGUGAGACAGUUGGACCAAGGGAGAGAGGCUAGGAGAUAUCGCCAGUGCGCGAUAUCAUAAUUCAUGAAAUGGGGACCCCAUCAUCGCAAGCACAUCUCAAAGAGGGGCUCUUCUCACUUUCCCUCUUUCAACAACAGCUCACCCACGUGGAUACGGUUUUCAUCAGGCAGACGAGAUCGGCCAUCGGACGGCGGGCAUAUCGGUCGAUCGGGCGGCAUUUGUUGUCACUGUCACCAGCGUUGCUUUCGCUGCUUCUCAAGAUGAGACGACUCAGCCAACCAUCAUCACCACCAAAGAGGGAGGCUGUGUGUGCCUCUGCAGCAAUUUCCAGGUCGGCUCGGGUUGUCUUGAUCGGGUAUAUUACCUACCUUCUGAAUGUGAUCCCCAAGGGGAGGCCACGACGAUAUCAUCCCACACAUCGUACUACUUUACUUGACUCUUCCACCCCCAAAAGUGGCUCGAUGUUGAGACCUUCAAGACCAUGACCUGCAUGUUUGUUAAAUUAUUUCGUGCAGUAGCAUCCUCCGCCCAACCACCAACCCCCCGCAUCCGAAGCCGAAGGGGGCGGAGCCAAGCCCAACCAUCUAUUUGAUGCCCCGUAGGAUCAUCAGUGGUUGAGGGUUCAAGAGGAAGCACUUGUGAAUGGAGCAGCUGAUCUUGGGUAGCGGAUAGAUUCGGGCGGAAACGUGGCCCGCGAACGGGAACGGAGUUCGGGGUUGAUAUGUCGUCCUCCUGACUGAGACUGGCGACUUUUACGAGCUGACGAUGAUACCAAGCGCUGGUCCAAGACCCUCCAAGACUCCCCAAGACCGACCAUUUUCCUGGGGGUGGUUUGUGCUCACGAGAUUGAGUCUUGUCUUGAUGAGGCAUGGUUGAAGCUGAACGAAAAUGGAAAGCGACAUUGUCGAAAAUGGAACUGUCCUCUUUUUGCCCCUUUUGGGAAAGGGGCGCUUCUUUCUUUGGAGGAGCGAAGUUUGGUUGCGUUCUUGUCUGUCGGAACUUUUGGGCUCGGCGGUGAUCAGUGCUCAGUGGUGGUGGUUGCCGAGGCGCAACAAAAGUGGCCAAGAAGAAGGGAAAAGAGGCUAGAUCCCAGGGGUUGAAGUGGUUGACAAGAAGGGAGAUACGUCAUUGACAGGUUUUUGGCAACUGUGAUUGAUGCGAUCUCGGGCACAUGAAACUCGGUUUCUGCCGACCAGAGCCUUUGAGGUAUUUUGUUUUACGGAGCUCUAGGUAGUCUGGUUUGAGGUUGAUCACGCGCAUCGCUUCAAGUUGACAGGAAGAAGUGACAGGAACGAGAUCGGAGAGGAAGUGUGGGAUGCUGAAACGAGUGAAAUUGGGGUUCAUGCUGCUGACAAUGCAUCUGGUGCCGAUGAUCUCUCCCGGGCGGUGCUGGUGGAGUUGUUUGGGCGCAGCGGCAGGAGCGGGAACGAAAUCUUCCCCACACUCUGAAUUUACGAUUUCCGAAACCAAAGCCCUGCUGUUUUCUGGAAAAUGUCCAGUUUAUGAGGACCCUGAAUGGAGGGGUAAGCUCUUAUCGCCACGUGAGGACGUGCAUUCUCUCAACACGCUCCAAGCUGUUGGUCAUUGAGGUGCGCGACGUAAAUUAUUUACGACUGGUGGGUGCGUUAUUCUGAAAAAUCAGUAUCAUGGCCCUCCAGCUUUACGUCUGGGGCCCUGCCUUCGGGCUGCCGUCCAUCGAUGCAGAGUGUAUCGCCGCCAUCGCUUAUCUCGCUCAGACCACAAAUAAAGCCGAUUACCAACUCAUACAAUCCAGCCCCUCAGCUGUACCAACCCACCACCUCCCCGCCCUCCACGACCCAUCCAACCGAACUUGGAUAUCAGGCUACACCUCCAUCCUCCGCCACCUCCAAACCCACCCCCCACCCUCCUUCCACGAUGCCACCUUUCCACCCCCAACACCCACCAUCCAAGCCGACAGCAAAGCCUACACCACAUUCCUAUCCGCCAACGCAACCCCCCUCAUAGCCCUCUACCUCUACGUCUCCUCCGCCAACUGGGCAGCGAGCACCCGCCCAGCCUACAGCAAGAUCCUGCCUAUGCCGCUGCCAUGGACAGAACCAGCCCAGCUCCGACAGACAAUGUCUACCCGGGCGGAACACCUAGGCAUGUCAUCGCUUGACACGGACGUCGAGACGGAAAAGGAAGAACAAGAAGCUGAUGCUGCGAGGAGGGCGGGGUGGAUAUCCAUCCCGGCUAGUUUGACGAGGGGGCCGAGUACGGUUGGGGAGGUUAUGACGCCGGAGGAGAAGAGGAGAAUUAAGUUGGAGGGGUUGGCCAAGGAUGUGCUGGAUGUUAUUGGGGAGGUUGAGUGGGCCAAGUUGACGAUGGGGGCGAGGUGUGCUGUGUUGGGGUGGGUUAGUUUGAUGAUUGUUGAUGAGGGGGUGCCGAGGAGGUGGUUGGCGGAGGUGACAAGGCAAAAGUAUACGGGGCUGGUUGAGUUUGUGGAAGACUAUGGGAGGGAGACUUUUGGUCCUGGACCAAGAGGAUGGGAGAGUUUGCCUUGGGUCGACGAGGGGACGGAGGCACAUGGUUUAGGGCUCAAGCUUUACCAGAGACUUGGGCAUGGAGUUAUGUAUGAAGUGCCAUGGAUCGGAGAGGUGUGGAGAAGGUGGUGGGCUGAAAAGAGGAGGAGACAAGUGCUGGAAUACAAAGGCGUCAAACAGGGGCCUAGUUGGGACAGACUUGUCUUCGCAGGAUUUGGGAUAACAGCUCUCACAAUGGGCGCUGCUAUCUGGUAUUGGCAGACCUUGCCACGAUUCGGAGCCUUGGUACAACGAUGGGAUCAGCCUGCUCUCGCAGUGGGUGGCUUGGGUGCCGCUGGGGCGUUUCUCUCAAGCAUGUUUGAUGAAUUAUGAAAAAGCAUAGACGGCGUUCAGGGCUGAACUCGGGUUAGAAAGGUUUACAAAAUGAUUCCCCUCAAAGAAUUUAGAAGCAACGACACACAAUGUAUAAGUCUCACAUGUUGUCAU